AUGGGUUGCUGUAAUUCUAACACCAAAGAAAAAGCAGAAUUCUUAUUACACGAGCAAAAGCAAACAGAUAGCGAAAUGACGACUGGUUGCGAUUCCCCGAAUUUCAAAUAUUUGCAAAAUAAUGAAGCUGAAUCUCCACUGUUUUUCAAACCAUUAGAAACUCCUAAGUUUGGAAGGUUCGAUUUCAAUGAAGCGUUCGCAGAAGAAGAGGAAACUCUUAAAAUUAAUAGCAGGGAUCAUUGUAUUAUAAAAAACCUCAGGAAAGAUUUCGAAAUAGAAGCAAAUUAUACAAAGAGUGAUAAUUAG